UCGCGUGGAUUUUUCUAGUAACGUGGUGCAAGCUCGAGUGACAGGGGAAGAGUUACAGCUGUAUAGCAGUCGGAAUUUAUAGAAACACAAGAAAUAUCCCGACCUUUCAUUUAAUUUACGAGUUGCGCAAAUCCGGUAGAGCACCAUGUCUGUGAUAGAGGAGGAAGGCGUCCGCGGCGGAAAAGGAGUUUUUAGGGAGAUUUGCGCGGAAGACGACGUCGAUCUUCAACCUACGGAGAUUGAGAGUUUAUGUAUGAACUGCUACAAAAAUGGGAGCACACGCCUGUUGUUGACCAAGAUUCCAUUCUUCAAGGAGAUCAUCAUCAGCUCUUUCACGUGUCCUCACUGUAAUUGGUCCAAUACUGAAGUCCAGUCUGCUGGUCGUAUUCAGGAGCAGGGCGUCACAUAUACCCUUAAAGUCAGGUCCAAACAGGAUUUGAAUCGUGAAGUUGUUAAGGCAGAUUGUGCGACUACCACAAUUCCAGAGCUGGAUUUUGAAAUUCCAGCCUACACACAAAAAGGCUCACUUUCUACAGUCGAAGGCCUUAUUGACAGAGCAGUGGCAGGUUUGGAGCAGGACCAACCAGUAAGGCAGGCAACAGAUCCUGAAGUUGCUGCAAAAAUUGAUGAAUUUAUGCAGAAGCUGAAGAAGUUGAAGGAUGUUGAGAAUGAAUUUACUUUGGUUAUCAAUGACCCAUCUGGCAACAGUUUUGUGGAGAAUCCAUUUGCGCCCCAGAAAGACGAGGUGCUCACUGUGACCCAGUAUAAGAGGACAGCAGAGCAGGAUGCCCAGUUGGGGCUGAAGGAAAAUGAGACAAAGGAGGAAGAGGAAGAGACUCCUGGGAAUGACAUAGAAACCUUGAGGAAUGAGGUUUUGGUGUUUAACACAAACUGUCCAGAAUGCAAUGCCCCGGCAUCAACGAACAUGAAGCUCGUGCAAAUCCCACACUUCAAGGAGGUAAUUAUUAUGGCAACCAACUGCGAUAACUGCGGCCACCGGACAAACGAAGUAAAAUCAGGGGGAGCCACUGAAGAGCUGGGAACCAGGAUAACGCUUCGUGUCACUGACCCCUCAGACAUGUCCAGAGACCUGCUGAAGUCAGAAACGUGCAGCGUCCUGAUUCCAGAGCUGGAGUUUGAGCUCGGGAUGGCAGCCCUCGGAGGGAAGUUUACCACGUUAGAAGGACUGCUUAAAGAUAUCAAAGAACUGAUUGUAUCGAAGAACCCCUUUACGUGUGGCGAUAGCUCAACUCCAGAACGUGCUGAGAAAUUGGAAAUAUUUGGAAAGAAGAUUGACAAGAUUAUUGCUGGAGAAAUGGAAGCUCAUAUUAUUCUUAAUGAUCCAGCUGGGAACAGCUACCUUCAGAAUGUAUAUGCUCCGGACCCUGAUCCAGAGAUGAAGAUUGAGAAGUACAAACGGACCUUUGAACAGAAUGAUGAUUUAGGUUUGAAUGAUAUGAAAAUUGAAGGCUACCGGGAGGACAUCAGUGACUCGUAGCAUGAGAAUGAAGAAAAGUAUUAGGGGUAGCAUUGGACAAUGAGUUUGAAUAUGCAAACAAAAAGUCCCUUUUUUCUUUUCAUGAUGUUAUAAAAUGUGCUAUAUCAACACAGCCAAAACUGUUACUAUAGUACCUGCUGAAAAGCUAUACUUUGAAAGGGAUAAAAAAUUAUGUUCCUUUAAAAAUUUGUGUAUAAAAAUGGGCUAAAUACGUGAUCGCGUCUGAACAGGAAUCUUGCUAUUGUAAAUGCAUUUUAUGUAAGAAUAAUUUACAGAAACCAUCAUUAAAAUUCUGCUGUGAAUGAACAGGGAAGGGGUGACAGAUCUGUAAUAUGAUUUUAAUUCAUCUGGUCUACUGUCCCUCUUCUCGAAACAAUAAUGCCUUUAAUUCCAAUGGCUAGAAAUACACUGCAGAACAUAAAGGAGCUUGUGAGUAUGCUUUGUGUUACAAAAUUUACGAUGAGAACUUGCUCGUUUUAUUUUGUGUAGCUGAGUUUGAAAGUGCUGACAAUACAAAACUGCCAGUUAAUCAGUGGCUGAUAUUGUUUAAUAUGGUUUUGCAAUGUUAUAUGGUCAGCUGAAAUAUGUUUCAAUAAACUAAAUGCUGUAAUUGCCCAUUUUCCUGUCUGGACAUCU